GAGGACUAAUAGUCAUAACUAAUAACUAGCUUCAAGUACACUAACAAUAACUGAACUGUUGGUCCAACAUGUCCUGUAGAAGUCGGGAUACCGAGGACAACUGUGAGGGACAGAGUGCGCUCAAGGAGGAACUGAACAGAAAGAUCAAGGAGCAGAAAGUCGUGGUGGACGAGCUCUCCAACCUGAAGAAGACCAGGAGAGUUUUCAUCCAGCAGAGGAACAGUAACAUCUUCUUCCUGGCGGACAGAGGUCAGACGCUGGGUUCAUGCAAAAAGCAGCUGGAUAGUAUGAAGAAGGAUCUGCAGGAGAUGUGAGACGCCUUCACCACAACCAUGUGUGGAAUCUUCUGUGUGCUGAGUCGGUCGCCCGCUCACUUGGAGCGGGACAGAGCCGUGGAUGAACACUUGAGAAGGCG